UACAGGGAGUUUUUGGAAAACGCUUAGACGGUCCGAGACUGCGCUGAAAGCUGUCAGCUCCAACUUCAAGUCUUUGUCCAAACAAGCUUCUUAAACUUUGUCUCCGAGAAAUGAGAAGGAAAAGUCGACGAUCGGUGUACUUUUUACUUACAUUUUUGCCGUCCCGGGUCGUUUUCUGGUGAUUCAUUGGUCGCUUAUUUUUUUGUCCAUCACAUCAGCGAGCAAGGUGGUGGCACUUUGCGAUUAUUCCAUUUCGUGUGCAGCUUUUUGCAGCAGGCUUUGCACGAGAAGACGAAGAAUCGUCAGAAAGUGCAUACAAAGGCUGAAAGCCCCAAAGGACACAUCCACAACAUUCCACCUGCUCCUCCAAUUUCCCUGGCAGAGGACAAGAAAACAAAGAUAAAGAACGCAUGGAAACAUCACUAUGGUAUCACCGCAAAGAAUGCAAGAUAUCGCCAAUGGAGCCCAGGCUGGCAAGGACUCUGUGGACAGUUCUCUUUGUUGCCAUUUUCACCUCUCCUGCAUCUGCUCAAGAUGACAGGAACUUGAAAUUUUGCGGCACCUGGCGCCAUGGGAAGGGCCCUCUGAGUCUGAACGUGAACCUGACCACGGGAUGUGAUCGCUUUGCAGUCUCGGCCAAUGAGAGCGAUCUGUCUGUAAUGGGGCAGAUCACGGCUCAGUGCACCAGCCUUGUCACUGUUCCCCUGACACACAUAAAGCCCACUGAAGCGGGGACUGACUUCUGUGUGUACUGGGAGCCCCUCGUGGACCAACUCAGGUUAAAGAUUGGCAAAGAGGUUCUUCCCCUGUGCUCACCUGCUAGUCUCAACGACAACUGCUGCACGCAUCUGUCUCCUCAUGUCAACCGCGACAAAGGAACCUUUGGGAUUACAAACGGAACUGUGCGCGAUGAUGUGAUAAGUGAAAAAACAUGGGCCUACUAUGACUUUAAUGGAAGUCACCUCAACUGCCGGAAGACAUUUUGUGAAACCAGCCAGGGAUCUACCCAGCUCAAAUUGCUGGAGGAAGAGACUCAGAAUCCCUGUGCCCAAAGUACUGCACUGAAGCUGGAGGACAGUGUCGUGGGCUACAACGUGACUUUUACUCCUCCACAAGGUGUUGCACCAGAAGUUAUUCCUUCGAUCCACCUACCCCCGGCUCUAAAGAAAGCAACAAAAUUUAAUAAUGAAGUCGUCUGCACCUACUUCAGAAACACCUCACUGUUCCAGGAGGCUCCAAAUAAUGCCAAAAUUCUCAGCGAUGUGGUCAGCAUCAGUAUAGAUAAUGAAAUUAUUAAAGAUUUAUCAGAGCCGAUCAAAAUAGGUUUCCACCACGAUGUGAUCCCUAAAACUCAUUCAAGAAAAUGUGUUUCGUGGGAUACCAGAAAAGACACUCUAAAGGUGAACUGGCUGGAGGAAGGUUGUGAAACACAAGUAAAAGGAGAAAAACAGACCGAGUGCCACUGCAACCAUCUGACUUAUUUCACUGUCCUAGUGGAACUUAAACCUAAACCAGUACGCCAUCUACUGGCCCUGACUGCUAUUACAUCUCUGGGGUGUGCCGUCUCCCUUAUCAGCUGCAUUGCGCUCAUUGUUUUCCUUUGCAGAAAGAGUCGUCGUUCAAAGGAGCUUUCCAUUCCAAUUCACAUGGGGCUAGCAGUGUCUUUGGCCCUCCUCAACCUACUCUUCUUCUUCACUGGGGUUUUGGCUAAUGUGAGUGAGAGCGUGUGUGGCUGGGUGGGAGCAGCCCUUCACUACGCCAUGCUUAGCUCCCUCAUAUGGAUGGGAAUCGAGGUCUUUCAUACUUUCUGGUUGGUCCAGAUGGUUUUUAGUCCCACCCCAAAACCGUGGAUUUGGAACCUGGUUGGCUUUGGUGCACCUGCUGUUCCAGUCAUCAUCUUGGCAAUAAUACCAGAUAUUUAUGGCAUGAGGGAGAUUCACCAAAUUGAAAAUUCAAAUCCAUACAAAAUGUGUUGGAUGAAGAUUAAUGACAAGGCUCUCCUGGCACACUAUGUCAUCAACUUGACCCUGUUGGCCAUGCUGGUGAGCUCCGGGCUAGUCAUGCUCUUCAUGGUCUACAGAGAGAUCCGAAACAGAGACGAGUGGAGACAGAACCGUGUGGCCUUCCUCAGUAUCUGGGGCCUCAGCUGCCUCUUUGGGACCACCUGGGGUCUCACCUUCCUAGACUUCGGCCCACUGACUGACUUCGUUCUCUUUCUUUCCUGCAUCCUCAACUCAUUUCAAGGCUUCCUCCUUAUGCUACGCUUCUUCAUGCUGGACUGGAUGAGGAAACAGGCUGGUGGCUCAGUCCUGGGCAGCAGCAGCACAGGCUCUACCAGACAACAUAUGUUACAAACCAAGGAGAUGAGCUAGAUGUACAAAUGACAGUAUAAGAUUGAGGUAUUUGUAAACAGGAAGUACUGAGGUCCACCGAAGAUUGUCAAAUGAUACAACUAGCUAGUACUCACGGUCACAAUACAAUGGACAGUAAUAUUCUGUAAAUGUGCUGGAAUCACUGGAAUCACACUGUUACUGCUGUAUUACUAUUUCAUCUUCACUUUGAUAGUGAAGAAGACAUUCUCAGGAACUGUGUACAUGCCUGGAGCUUGUAUGUAUUCAUGUUUGCUGUAUAUAUUUGAUAAUGUUUUUAAAAAGAAAUUAUAUUUGCUUUAUAUUUUUUAACUAGAUGAAACUUGCUUACAUUUUUGUCAGGGAAACAAAAUUCAUGUAAUAGAAGUUUCACACUUCAAUAAGCUUUUUGUACUUCAUUUUGUAGUCAGUUUAGUUGCACUUUAGAGUUGUGAUUGAAAGUGGGAGAGAUAGUCGUAUAAGCCACAAAUUAUUACUUUUUAUAUUGUGAACAUUCCAGCUUGUGUGCAUAAAAAGUAGGCUAUGCUUAAUUUUAGGUGUUUUUUAAAGUGAACAGACUAGCUUCCCACACAUAAAUGUAAGAUACUGUGAUUUUGGCACUUUUGUAUUGUUGUAUCUUGUUAAUAUAUGUACAUUCCAUCUGUUGCUUCUAGAUGUGUAUAUAUAGGAUUAAUAAAUGAAGCUAGUUGUGUUUCAUUGGCCCUGG